GACGAGCACAAUAUGAUUCUGAGCGUUACUGAUUAUCGUUAUCAAUUUCCGACACUUAGGGGACGCUUGACCGGUAAUCGCCGUAACGUCAGAGAGUAUUUUAUUUCUAACUUUUAUGAAAAAUUUCUGGACUAUUUUAAGCCCUUAAUUGUUCUACUUCAACAUUACGGUAACUUGUCUACCUCCCUUCAAAGUCUGCAAAAUAGUUACCUUCAUAUACCAUCAAGAAAUUUUUUCAUCAGAAUCUGAAAGAGACAAUAGAAUAUACAUUCUAUUCGAUUAAAUAAUGGGUCAUUCGGAUGACGCUAUACUAAAUUUAUUUACUGUGUGUAACAAAUUCAAAGCUUGCGCAAAUGACGAUAAUGUAUUGCUCCCUGAAUAUUGCGAAGCAUACAUGGAAGUUUCAAAACUUCUCGCAUACUUUGGAAAUCUCUUCUAUUUCGUGUCCAGUGAUGUCAAUCAUAAAAUUUCAGAACUCCGUGAUUUAUAUGCUGCAGAUAAGAUAAACUAUAGGUCUGUCGAACAAAUGGUUCUUUAUGAGGAAAAGCAAAAUGAACAUCUUCCACUUAAAAAGCGGAAAUGUGUCGGGUCCAGAACACUACUUCGACUCCAUCGGGCUCUUCUCUUUGUUAUUGAUUUAAUGAAAGAAGUUUGCAUAGGUGUUAUCUCAUACGUCCUAAUUGUCCUAAUAACGAGAUAUAUCAAUGUACUUAGACUCAAAGUGAUUUCAAAUAUUAUGAAUGCAACGUAUUCCCAGGCAGCAUUAAAGAUAGUUCAGUAAACUAUGGUUAUGGAAAUCUGCUAUACCCUUUUGGUAGUUCUUAACCAAUAAUAUAUAUAUUAGAUAUUCAAAAGGCAGAAGUAGACUGCAAAGGAACGUAUCUAUUACAACCCUUGUCUGCAUACUUUUGUUAAAAGAGAAUAAUUUAUGUAAACUGGAGGUUAGCUUUUACUAUCGCUCAGUUUAUUUGCAAAAUUUUAUAGCGCCACCUGAUGAACAAUUGAAGACUAUUGCUCGGUCAGUAUACGACAAAACGCUGGCCCAGUAUCAUCCGUGGCCCAUUAGGAAGGCUGUUGGAGUGGCUGUUUAUGCUCUUCCUACACGGGAACAUUUAGUACACCAUAUUGUCCAAUCUCAACCCCCUGAGAGUGGACUGGUUACACAAGAUCAAUGUGUGGAGUUCCUUACUUCACAUACUUUACCUGUAAUGCGCACAAUAUAUAACAGUAUUCAAUCUAUUUUCGAAAAACACGAUAUGCUAAAUUUACCAUAAUCAUCUUGAUGUAUACUUUUUAGAACCUGAUAUUUUCCUACCUUUAAAAUAUUUAAAAUAGAUAAAUAUUGCUUGACGAAAUAAUAAUUAUUUUACUUUCACAAUUAGCACCUAAUUUGUCUUUGUUAAUAUUAUUUCUCUGUAUUCUCAACUUAUGAUGCUUUGUAGUUUCCAAUGACCGCAUUUUAAUCUUUGUAAAUCGGUUGAUUUUGGGCUUUUUUGUAGCCUUUUUCAUUCAAAGCACCUAAAACUACAUAGAAACGAAUGUUCUUCAUUUACUUGUAUUUAUUGUAUGAUAAAAAUAGAGCUCCAACAAACAAAAUCGACAGUGUUUGCUAUAUUUUUUUAUCGAACUAGGCGG